CUGUGGGGGUGCUUAGCACCUCCCUGGCCCCCUGCCCCCUCAUGGUUAAGGACACCCUGAGUCCUCGCUUUUGUGAUCACCCCAAAAUGCCUCCAGAUGUUGCCCCAAGCCUCCCAGUGGGGCCAGCUCAAUUGAGAACCUCUAGUCUCACCUGUUUUUCCAAACUGGGGACUUUUAGGAUCUAUUUUCAGCCUUAAGGAUAAGCAGUAAUAGCCGCGUGGACUCAAAGGCCUUGGAAAGGGAGAGUGACUCCCCAUUGUCCCAGCCCCAGAGCGAGCUAUCUAGAGGCCGAGGACAGCCCUGGGUCGGGAGUUAGAACGGUGCAGGCGGCAGGCGGUGAGCUGUCCGUCACAGCCGGACCUGCAGGCAGGCAGAUGCCCGCCCUUCCUCUGGCGGUGCCCUUGGCCUCCUCUGCCGGGCUGAGCCCCUGGCCGGCUCACUGGGGCACGGACGCCAGUGCAGUGUUUGUGCCGUGCACUCCGGGGCUGUCUCAGCUCUGCCGCCCGCCCUCUUGCUGUGGCAGAUGGUUUUGACCUCGUGUUAGGAACUGGCUGCUCCUAGGCCAGCCUCUGUCUUAACGUCACGGUGUCACCAUUUACAAGAAUCAUCGUCGGUGGCUGCACACGGGGACUCACAGCUGGGGUGCCUGGGAGGGUCGGGUGCCGGCUGUCAGCGGGUCGGUCAGCGGAGCCGUCGCCAAGAAUGCGAGGACUAGGUGGUCAGCAGCGUUUGCGUGAACUGCGUGGCAGUGGUUCCCUGGGCCCAGCCAAAUCCCCGGCUUCCUCUGACUGCUGUCCAGCCUUGCGGUGCUCAGACACUUGGAAUCUGUGGGCCUUCCGCUUCUCCAGGGAUCUGGCCUUCAGGGGUCCCUCGUGCAAGCCGGGCAGGACCAGCCUGGCUGCAGCUCCUCAGCCCCCGUGCCACCUCCUUUGUCACCAGCCCAGCCUCCCGCCUCUGGCGCCCUGGAACACUUUCAUCCUGUGCUCCGGGGUGGGCCGACGGUGCUGAGGACCCACAGGUCACGGGCCAGCACCAGUGCCUGCGUGCAUCCAAGCCUCCGAGUUGCCCGGCUUUGCCGCUGGGGCUGCCGGUGCUUGGGGAGGGCCCCUGCGUGUAUGCAUGUGCCCCGCAUUUCUGUGUGUGCGUGGGGAGGAUGCUCAGGCCCUCCCGGCGCAGCCUCUGCGGUGGGGCUUGGCACAUCCCCGGCCUCUGCUGCUCUCACCUCCGCGGGCAGCUCAGGCGCGCAUCCGGGAGCCCGGAAACUUGAGCUCUGCCCGGCUGCGCCUGGCGACGAUGACCACGUCCCCGGCUGCCGGCAGCGGGCUGGAGGAAGCUUGGCACCGUGGCAGAGGCAGAGAGCUGCAGAAGUGCCGCAGGUUUUUCAUAUGGAAAUGUGAAAUAAUGGGGUGAUUAAAUAGAGCUGUAUAUUAAAGUACAUCUGACAUUAGAAUUACCAUAAUGUGCUGUAGCCUUAGGCUGAGUGCUUUAUUUGCCAUCUGCGUCGGCCCAAAAUCCCCCGGGGAAGCGCUAAAAUAUUCUGAAUAAACUCAACCCGAGUCCUUAUUGAGAGUAAAAUACCAUUUGUGGCACGUCGUAUUGAUUCGUCUUAAUUGCGGUGCAGAAAAGAACAUUCACUGGCUGAUGACUUUUGUGCUCCGUGACAAGCUGGCUGGAGUUCGUCUCACACUGCAGUUGGUUAACCUGGGCAGACGGUGGACGCAGCCAGGCGGGCACCUGGGCUGCAGCCGCGGGAGCUGCGGUGCCUCCUCCCCCGCCCCGGCCCCGGCGGACACACAGCUGGGGCUCCCGGCCAGCCCCCUGCUCUCCUGGGUUGGGGGGGGGUGAGGCAGAGGAGAGGGGCACCCCACGUGAGGGCAGAGGAAACUCUCAAGGUAUCACCCCCAGGCCGCUCCCUGUGCUGGCCUUGUCACAGAUGCCCUGGCCAGCUGCGCCCAGGGUGCCCUCGCCUCCACCUCGGCCCUUGGUUGGAGAGAAGCGCUGUGCAGAAGGAGGAUAAAAGGGCCCGCUCACGCAGGCAAAGGCGGUGACCCUGGGACCAGGUACGGCCCCAGCCCCUCUCCAGGGUGGAGUCGCCAGCAGGAGCAGUCAGGGGGCCCCACGCGGCUCCCCCCUGCCACGCGAAGUCCAGUUUUUACCCCAUAAUUGCCUAUCAUUAUCCACAAUUUAAAUAUUCAAACAUUCCCCACAAACCCUGGGCUGGCGUGUCGUCAUUACAAAUUCAGAACAAGGGAAUAACCUUUAACUUCAGGGACAAAUGAGACAAAUUUACAAGUGCGCCUCUGCCGCUUCCUGUGCUUCAUCAGUCCCCGCGGACCGGAACACUUUUGCUGUAACACCGCUCGGAACAAUAUCCAUAUAUUACUACUUGUUUGUAGUGUGUGGGUAACGAGUCCCCUCUGCAUUGGCUAACCUAUAUAACUCGGCAUCCAGCCUCUCUAUAACGUCAAUUAUCUCCGCAGAGCUAAACGUACACUCCAUUAAAACCAGAUUUACUGCCCCUGCCAUACUUCUUGGGCUGGGACGUGGAGAUUUUUGUGGAUUUAAGGAAAGGAAGGAUGGCGGCCUGCCUCGCGGAGGAAGUCGUGAAUUAUGGAGCAGGGAGACUUCCUGUGUUCCUGGGAGGAGGAAGGCCCGCCCCCGGCCGGGCAGGAGGCUCGGGGCCCGCGUGUGAGCGACACCCGCACGCGCACCUGCGACCGGCUGCUUGCUUUUUUCUUUUUCUUUUCUUUUCUUUUUUUUUUUUUGCCUGUUUGUUUCCUGAUUCACUCCUUCUUUGUCUGCUGCGUGAUAAGGAGGGUUGGCUCGCAGCCUCCCUUUCACGUGCUCUGCGCGGUUGCCGUCCGCAGGGUUCUAGAGUGUUCUCGGGGAAGUCUGGGGGGGACAAGGGGGAGCACAGGCCUCAUGGACUCCUCGGUCAGAACCCACUGAAAGGUAAAGAUGAGCCUUCCAGCUACAUUUGCACAACAUGCAAGCAGCCCUUCACCAGCGCGUGGUUCCUGCUGCAGCACGCGCAGAACACGCACGGCUUCCGCAUCUACCUGGAGCCCGGGCCGGCCAGCAGCUCGCUCACGCCGCGGCUCACCAUCCCGCCGCCGCUGGGGCCCGAGGCCGUGGCGCAGUCGCCCCUCAUGAACUUCCUGGGCGACAGCAACCCCUUCAACCUGCUGCGCAUGACGGGCCCCAUCCUGCGCGAGCACCCGGGCUUCGGCGAGGGCCGCCUGCCCGGCACGCCGCCGCUCUUCAGCCCGCCGCCGCGCCACCACCUGGACGCGCACCGCCUGAGCGCCGAGGAGAUGGGGCUCGUGGCCCAGCACCCCAGUGCCUUCGACCGAGUCAUGCGCCUGAACCCCAUGGCCAUGGACUCGCCCGCCAUGGACUUCUCGCGGCGGCUGCGCGAGCUGGCGGGCAACAGCUCCACGCCGCCACCCGUGUCGCCAGGCCGCGGCAACCCUAUGCACCGGCUCCUGAACCCCUUCCAGCCCGGCCCCAAGUCCCCGUUCCUCGGCACGCCGCCGCUGCCGCCCAUGCCCCCCGGCGGCACGCCCCCGCCGCAGCCGCCGGCCAAGAGCAAGUCGUGCGAGUUCUGCGGCAAGACGUUCAAGUUCCAGAGCAAUCUGAUCGUGCACCGCCGCAGCCACACGGGCGAGAAGCCCUACAAGUGCCAGCUGUGCGACCACGCGUGCUCGCAGGCCAGCAAGCUCAAGCGCCACAUGAAGACGCACAUGCACAAGGCGGGCUCGCUGGCCGGGCGCUCGGACGACGGGCUGUCGGCCGCCAGCUCGCCCGAGCCCGGCACCAGCGAGCUGGCGGGCGACGCGCUCAAGGCGGCCGACGGCGACUUCCGCCACCACGAGAGCGACCCGUCGCUGGGCCCCGAGCCCGAGGAGGAGGACGAGGAGGAGGAGGAGGAGGAGGAGGAGCUGUUGCUGGAGAACGAGAGCCGGCCCGAGUCGAGCUUCAGCAUGGACUCGGAGCUGAGCCGCAACCGGGAGAACGGCGGCGGCGGCGGCGGCGGCGCGCUGGGCGCGGGGCUGGGCGCGGGGCUGGGCGCGGGCGGCGGGCCCGGGCUGCCGGGCGCGGGCGGCGCGGCCAAGGCGCUGGCCGACGAGAAGGCGCUGGUGCUGGGCAAGGUCAUGGAGAACGUGGGCCUGGGCGCGCUGCCGCCGCCCUACGGGGAGCUGCUGGCCGACAAGCAGAAGCGCGGCGCCUUCCUGAAGCGCGCGGUGGGCGCGGGCGGCGACCCCGGCGGCGGCGGCGGCGGCGGCGAGGACGACGCGGGCGACGCGGGCGCGGGCGGCGCGGUCAACGGGCGCGGGGGCGGCUUCGCGCCGGCGGCCGCCGAGCCCUUCCCGGGGCUCUUCCCGCGCAAGCCCGCGCCGCUGCCCAGCCCCGGGCUCAACAGCGCGGCCAAGCGCAUCAAGGUGGAGAAGGACCUGGAGCUGCCGCCCGCCGCGCUCAUCCCCUCCGAGAACGUGUACUCGCAGUGGCUCGUGGGCUACGCCGCGUCGCGCCACUUCAUGAAGGACCCCUUCCUGGGCUUCACCGACGCGCGCCAGUCGCCCUUCGCCACGUCGUCGGAGCACUCGUCCGAGAACGGCAGCCUGCGCUUCUCCACGCCGCCCGGGGACCUGCUGGACGGCGGCCUGUCCGGGCGCAGCGGCACGGCCAGCGGCGGCAGCACGCCGCACCUGGGCGGCCCGGGCCCCGGGCGGCCCAGCUCCAAGGAGGGCCGCCGGAGCGACACGUGCGAGUACUGCGGCAAGGUGUUCAAGAACUGCAGCAACCUCACCGUGCACCGCCGCAGCCACACGGGCGAGCGGCCUUACAAGUGCGAGCUGUGCAACUACGCGUGCGCGCAGAGCAGCAAGCUGACUCGCCACAUGAAGACGCACGGGCAGAUCGGCAAGGAGGUGUACCGCUGCGACAUCUGCCAGAUGCCCUUCAGCGUCUACAGCACCCUGGAGAAACACAUGAAGAAGUGGCACGGCGAGCACUUGCUGACGAACGACGUCAAGAUCGAGCAGGCCGAGCGCAGCUGAGCGCAGGCGCGCGCGCGCGCCCGUGCGCCCCGCACCUGCGCGCCCGCCGCCCCGCGCGCGCGCCCGACCCGUGUCUGCCAAGUCGCACGGAGACCCGAGGGUUGAUGGAGGCACUGAACAUUGUGGAGCCUUUUAACUGUGCAAUAAUUUCUGUAUUUAUUGGGUUUUGUAAUUUUUUUUUGGCAUGUGCAGGUACUUUUUUUUUUAAUUAUUAUUCUCUUCUGUUUAAAUUCCUUUAAGAAAUUUUGUUGGGUAUCCGUCCCUUCUUCGUUUUUUUUUUUUUUUUUUUUUUUUUAAAACAAACAAACCCCGUAGUAGCCUGAGCAAUGACUCGCAAGCAGUGUGGAGGGAGCCGAAUGUUUUAAAUUAUAAUUUGGGGUAGGGGCGCUGCUUUUUUGAGAUUUAAGCUAAGCAUGUGUAAUUUCUUGUGAAGAAGCCAACACUUCAACGAUUUUGAAGUUGUUUACUAUUUUAUUCCUUCCUUUUUACAUUUUUUUGGCCUGAAAUGAAAUGUGGCAUGCGGUUUCUGCCUUUUGUUUUGUUUCGUUUUGGGGGCAUGUCAGCGGAUAACAAUCCCUAACGUUGUAGCACUUUGUUUCAGAAGUGGAAUGGAGGCGCAGCCCAGGAGCUCCGACUCACAGAGGCCUUUUCUGUGUUCACUUCAGCUCUCACCGUUCUGUAAGGGAAACUUGGGGGGCGGCACCCCAAACUCAGCACCCCCCACCACCACCACGGGGGGGGCGGGCGGAGAGGGGUCUGAAGCUGGGUGUUGCCCACAGAUGCUGUCCUGGGUGCCCUCUCUGCUCUGUGCCCCAGGGGAGGCCAAACCACGGCCCGGCCCCCUGUGGGUCAGUGGCCUGUAAGUGAGUUCUUUCUGGCCACUUCUGGCCCCACAGGCCCUCUCCCCCAACUCCCACCACGGAAGCCCCAUGUCCCACGGUGCCAGCAGUGGUGGCCGAUCCUUUGCCGGGAAGUCACGUGGCCUGGUAGCCAGGGGAGGCAGUCGGUGCACACUGAGCUGGCCGGGCUGCAGGGACAGGGGGAGGAACCCUAGGAAUUUCUGCCCUUUCUCCGGAAGAGCAAGGGGAGAGACCCCGCCACUGGGGCCCCCCGCUGCUUCCCAGUUUUCCCCCUCUCGUUAGGUUGGAAGGAGCUCAGCAUUGGACUGUUAAGAUUAGACAUUUGGAUUCUGUUGACCCGCACUUUAAAAGCUUUUGUUUGCAUUUAAAUUCAAUGGCUUCUAAACAAGAAAUUGCAACAUAUUCUUCUCUUUGGCCCAGAGGUGGGUUGAACUCUAAGGGACAGCGAGAUUGAGUGUCAGUGUUGCUAAGCGUGGCAUUCACAAUGCUGGCACUAUAAAGAACAAAAUCAAGUUACUUGCUGGACAGUUCUGCUGCCACCCAAUCUGACGUGAGUGCCUUGAAAACUGAUCUUCCUAUCCGAGUCUCUUGAGACAAAUGCAAAAUUUUUUUUUUUUUGAAAUGAAAGGACUUUUUAAAAAAGUAAAACGAGAAAAGCCACAUUUACUUUAAAUUAAAAAAAAAAAUCCUGGUUGAAGAGAGAGGACAUGAAAAUGCCAUAGAAGACCCAAUCAAAUGAAGAAAUAAACCCAGCACAACCUUGGACAUCGCGAGCUGAACUGUACACAACCCCUUUUGCAUUUGGGACAACGCUGCUUAGAUGUGGAGCGGAGGUAACUUACUGCUGAACUUACAUGUUGCUAUCGUUGAAUGAAAAUAAAAACAAUUCAGGAACAACGGCUAAUUUUUUCUAAAGUUAAAUUUAGUGCACUCUGUCUUAAAAAUACGUUUACAGUAUUGGAUACAUACAAGGGUAAAAAAAAUUGUGUGUAUGUGUGUUGGAGCGAUCAUUUUUUUUUUCAAAGUUUGCUUACUAGGUUAUACAAAAUGCCACAGCGGCUGCGUGUAUAUUGUUUUCUUUUGGUGACGGGGUUUUAGUAUAUAUUAUAUAUAUUAAAAUUUCUUGAUUACUGUAAAAGUGGACCAGUAUUUGUAAUAAUCGAGAAUGCCUGGGCAUUUUACAAAACAAGAAAAAAAACUUUUCUUUUCCUUGAAAAUGUUGCAGUAAAAUUUAAAUGGUGGGUCUAUAAAUUUGUUCUUGUCACAGUAACUGUAAAGUCGGAGUUUUAGUAAAUUUUUUUCUGCCUUGGGUGUUGAAUUUUUAUUUCGGAAAAAAAAAUGUAUAGAAACUUGUAUUUGGGGAUUCAAAGGGGAUUGCUACACCAUGUAGAAAAAGUAUGUAGAAAAAAAGUGCUUAAUAUUGUUAUUGCUUUGCAGAAAAAAAAAUCACAUUUCUGCCCUGAACUUAUUUUUCUCUCCCUCCUCCCUCUGGAAUGGAUAUAUUGGUUGGUUCAUAUGAUGUAGGCACUUGCUGUAUUUUUACUGGAGCUUGUAAUUUUUUAACUGUAAGCUUGUCCUUUUAAAGGGAUUUAAUGUACCUUUUUGUUAGUGAAUUUGGAAAUAAAAAGAAAAAAAAAACAAAAACAAACAGGCUGCCAUAAUAUAUUUUUUUAAUUUGGCAGGAUAAAAUAUUGCAAAAAAAAAAAUUUGUAUGUCCAGCCCUACUGUGCAGGAGAGCAAGGGUUGUCUGACGCCCUGAGAAGGGACACGAGGAAGGUGUCCGCGCUCGGUUCACCAGUCGUCUCAGCCCUGUGUUUUUUUGUCGGAAUCGGCUCCGGCGGGCUUGGCUCCGAACGCCCCGAACCUUGCAUCAAGGCUCCUCGGUGUGGCCGCAGCAGGCCGGAUGGGCAGUUCUCCGUCCGUGUGGGGUGGAAGGAUGUCGGUUCCAUCCCUCGGAGUCUCCCUCGCUCCGAGAGGCCGGGUGCACCGGAGGAGGCAGCCAGACAGAGGUGCCCUCCCUGCCCCACCAGCACCUCCCGCCCUUGGGGGCAGAGAGCGGCACACCCAGCUGCAGGACCAGAAGGUGCGGGAGGCGUGGGGCGAGCGCCGUGAGACCAGGCAGGUGGCGUGUCCGUGUCCGGAGGGAGACCCUGCCAGGCCGGUCGGCGGCCUCUGCUCUGCCUUGCUCUGCUGCUUCUCCCCCUGCGUCCUUGAGGGCCUGGGCUGCCUCCCGUGCCUUCCCCUACCUCCUCCUCUGCCGUCCCCCUGCCCCCAGCCUCUGUGUGUCCUCUCUCUGUUCUUCCCAUUUGCAUUUGACUCCUCUUCUUUCUCCUUCAUUCCUCCCCCACUCCCCUUUUCUGUGUGUAAAGCCAAGUAGCUUUAAGAUAAUGGUGAUUUUUUUUGGAUGAGGGAAUAAUACGUUUUUUUUUUUUAAAUACGUAUAUCAGGAAGCCAUUUUUUAUUUCAGGAAAUGUCAGAAACCAUUAUUUUCCCAGCAUCCUUUGGAGGCAGUCCUUUAACUUUUGGGCGCUCUUCUGUGGGAUGAGCGUUUAGCUCCUGCCACUUCACCCUUGCAAAGGGAGAAGGGAGGGGAGGAGGUGGGAGCCGAAUCCGGGGUUCCGGCCUCCCACCCGCUGGACCUGAAUACCCAGGGGCCGCCCUCCCCCGUGGAAGCCCCGGGGGGCCCUGCACAGCCUCCGCGGCGGUGCCCAUGUAGGGUGAGAGGCUAGCAGCGCCCACCAGCUCACCCAGAAUCGCCAGGACUAAGCCAUCCCGAGGCACGGGCUGGGUGCCUGCGGCGCCUGCAGGGAGAGCAGCUUGCCUGUGUCCGGUGCUGUGCACCUGAGCCUGAGCACCCGGCCCGGCCCUCCGGCCCUCCGGCGUCGGCCACCCCGCCGAGCUCGGGCCGAUUCCGCACUGCCACAACUCUGCCCAAAGCUGCCCCAACUGGGAACCUGCCGCUUGCCAUUCGAGGGUCUUUCGUGGGGAGAGGAGCAGACUGCGUUAGUCUAAGCAAAAUGUGAAAAGUGAGGAAAUGCGUCUUUCCUCCGGUCCUGGUCCCCGGCGGUCGAAGGCUGUGCUGACCGCGGCAAACCUGUGAUUUUGGUGCUUCUUUGUAUCUCGGCCCGGCAAAGCCAAGUUCCAUUGAUCUAAGUUGUUUGCAUUUGUACUGGCAAGGCGAAAUAUUUUUAUUACCUUUUCUAUUACUUAUUGAAUGAGCUUCUGUUGUUUACUUGGAGGUUUGUCUUUUACUACAAGUUUGGAACUAUUUAUUAUUGCUUGGUAUUUGUGCUUUGUUUAAAAAACGGGCACUUUUUUUUUAUUAUGGAUAAAAUGUUGAGAUGACAGGGGGUCAUUUCAAUAUGGCUUAGUAAAAAUAUUUAUUGUUCCUUUUAUUCUCUGUACAAGAUUUUGGGCCUCUUUUCCCCCUUAAUGUCACAAUGUUGAGUUCAGCAUGUGUCUCCCAUUUCAUUUGUACGCUUGUUCAAAACCAAGUUGGUUCUGGUUUCAAGUUAUAAAAAUAAAUUGGACAUUUACCUUGA